AUGAUGGGAGCAGGUGGGGAUGAUGGGAGCAGUACGUGUUUAAGGGAGAGGAGAGGGUUCAUUGGUCUCAGUGGGUUUCAUUUUCAAGCUGCUGUGGUUAGUGGACCACCAGGCAGAGAAGAGGGGGUGGGGGCUGAAGAACCAAGACUUUUAAGUUAGCUUCAUUAAAUCCUGUGCCCAGCCUCCGGACUUUCACCUCUGGGCAAAUAACCUCUCAGCGCUGGGGAGGGCAAGUGGGCCAUUUCAGGAACCAAGAGGAAAUCCCUGGAGAACUGCGCGAUGGUGGGAAGCUGGACUGGUUCCCAGAAAGGCGAAGCUAAGUUUUCCUCGUGUACAAGGUGAGAGAUUCCGUGGGUACCUAUCUAUGAAUGAAAUUGCUAGAUCAAAAGGAAUAUCUUUACAUGGCUUCCGAAGAAGUGACCAUCACAGUUCGCCUCAUUCGUUCAUUUGAGCAUCGCAACUUCAAACCUGUGGUGUAUCACAGAGUUAAUUUGGACCAAACUGUAAAGGAAUUUAUAGUAUUUCUAAAGCAAGAUGUUCCUUUAAGGACCAGCCUGCCACCACCAUUCAGAAAUUAUAAAUAUGAUAAAUUAAAGAUUAUUCAUCAAGCACAUAAAUCAAAGACAAAUGAACUUGUGUUAAGUUUGGAAGAUGAUGACAGACUCCUAUUGAAAGAAGAUAGCACUCUGAAAGCAGCUGGAAUCGCCAAUGAAACUGAAAUUGCAUUCUUCUGUGAAGAAGAUUAUAAGAACUAUAAAGCUAAUCCUAUUUCAUCCUGGUGAAAACCUCAAGAGGGCUUCCUUUUUGCAUACCUAUAUUAAGCUCUUUAUUCCACUAGUGAGGUUUUGAAAUUGACAAAUAAACUUUUAAAAAUUAA